CAGUUGCUCUCCCUAAGCAAAACUGCGCAAGGCAGAGAGACGAGCAGGCUGGAAAGGGACAGAAGCUUUUGUUCUCUUUGCAAGCCACGGGAUCUGGUGCAAGCGUCAAUCAGUUCCAGCUUUGAGCCAUGUGGUUCUUCCUGGCUGCCCUGCUGGGCCUCUACUUCCUUCGCCGAUGGUACCGGGAGAGACAGACUGUAGAGAACCUGACACAGAAAUACGUCUUCAUCACCGGCUGCGACUCUGGCUUUGGGAACCAGCUUGCCAGGCAGUUGGAUCUGAAGGGCAUGAGGGUCUUGGCGGGAUGCCUCACCCAGCAGGGGGCUGAGGACCUGGAGAAGGCCACCUCUGACCGCUUGAAAACCACCAUCCUGGACGUGACCAGCACAGAGAGUGUUGCUGCGGCGGCCGAGUGGGUGAAAGGAUGCGUGGGGGACAAAGGGCUCUGGGGCGUAGUAAACAAUGCAGGCACAGGUGUACCAGUAAGUCUCAAUUCAUGGCUGAAUAAGAAAGACUUCAUGAAAGUCAUAGAUGUCAACCUGCUUGGAGUGAUUGACGUCAGCUUGCAGAUGUUGCCUCUGGUGAAGAAAGCCAGAGGAAGGGUUGUGAAUGUGGCCAGCUCAAUGGGAAGAUUGGCGUGCUUCGGGGGAGGUUACUGCCCAUCCAAGUUUGGUGUGGAAGCGUUCUCUGACAGUCUGAGGAGAGAGCUCCAACCUUUUGGGCUCCAUGUCUGUAUUAUUGAGCCAGGUGGUUUUAAGACACCCAUUGUGGACUCAGUCCUACAAGGCUUCAAGGAUGCAUGGAAUCGAGUGCCUUCCGAUAUCAAAGUACAAUACGGGCAGCAAUAUUUUGAGUCCUAUCAAAAACAAAUGGAAGAGCUCAUCCUGGAAGGCAGCAACAACCUCUGCUUGGUCACUGAUUCCAUUGAACAUGCUCUGACGUCCUGCCACCCUCGCACUCGUUACUCUCCAGGCUGGGAUGCUAAGCUCUUCUACAUUCCCGUCUCCUACUUACCAACCUCAGUAGCAGACUAUAUACUGACCCGCAAUGUGCCCAAGCCAGCUCAGGCAAUAUAGUUUAUUUUCUAGAAAGAGCAUUGCCAUUUUCUGAACAAGCCAAUAAACUAUGGAAUGGCUAAAACUGACAUUGCAUCUUUUGAAACCCUUCUCAGAUAAAGCCUAAUCAAACUAAGAUUUUUUUUCUUAAUGAUUUUAAUUUGUCCUUUCAGUUUCUAUGCUGUUAUCUCAUCCAGCUUAUUCAUGUCACUGUGGCCAUGACUAAGAAUAUAUAUAACUAUUUAUGAAACCACCAAACUUAUGAACUAUUCUGUAACCAAUAUGCUAUUCAAAACUCUGCAACCAUCACACUU